CAAUGGGAGAGCGAGGUGGGGGCGCGCCAGCCAAUGGGAGCGAGGGGGCGUGUCCCCACAGCGGGAAGCGCGCAGCGGGAGCGGCGGGAAUUCCCGGACGAUGCCCCCCGGCCGCUGAAACUGGGGACAGCGACAUCGCCGCACGGCGCCGGGGACAGAUGGCGACAGCCGGCAAGGGCAGCAAGGGGAAGGGCACAGGAGUGCGCUUCACCCCCGAGGGGACCCAGGGCCACCACCAGGAGGGGACACAGGGCCACGUCCACUUCCAGGAGCAGCUGCACGACUCGGCCGUGAUGGUGACACAGGACAAGGACGGCCACUUCCUGGUCAAGGUGGGAUUCCUGAAGAUCCUACACAAGUACGAGAUCACCUUCCUGCUGCCCCCCGUGCCGAGCCUGGGGAAGGACAUUUGUCCCCUCCCUGUCCCCAACCCCAACCUGCGCAUCAUCAGUGUCACCUCCCUGCCAGAAGGGCACAGCGUGCGCUGCGAGUACAUGGCGCACAAGGAGGGCGUGCUGAAGGAGGAGCUGCUCCUGGCCGGACACAGCCCCGGCCAAGUCAAGGUCACCGUCCAGGCCCGGGUCAUGGACCGUCACCACGGGACUCCGAUGCUCCUGGACGGGGUGCGCUGCGUGGGAGCCGAGCUGGAAUACGACUCAGAGCAGAGCGAGUGGCACGGCUUCGACUGACCCCAAAUCCCACCCCGGGGGACCCCAAAGUCCCCAAAGCACAGCACGGUCCCCAAAGCGGGCAGGAGGGACCCCGCUUGUUGCUGCUGCCGCUGCUUCGCCCUCACCCCGCAGCCCCGGGGGGGUUUUGGGGGAAUUGUGCCUCUUGGGGUGGGAAUUUUCCUCUUUUCUGGGGUGGGGGAGGAAUUUUGCCUGUGGAAUGUGGGGCAGGAGCGGGGGUCCCCCAUGGCUUCAGGGUUGGGGCCAUGUCCCCUGGCCGUGUCCUUGUGUUGCUGCCAGCGCCUCUUUUUUGGGGUUUUUUUCUGUUUUUCUCAGAUUUUUUCCUGGUUUUUUUCUCUCUUUUCCUUUUUUUUUUUUUUUUUUUUUUCCUCAUGGUACAAGGACCAGGAGCAGUUUCAGGAGGUUUUAUGUGCCUACAAAUAUAUAUAUAUAUAUAUAUAUAAAUA